AUGCAGGCCCUUGACCUGAGGGAGAAUACCCCACAGCAUGUCACAGCCGCCUCCCAUCCCAACGCCUUCACCUCGUCUACCAAGAAAGGAGAUAUCAAGCUCACCGCGCAUCCUUCGAUCGGAAAACACGACCAUAUGGACACCCUACUCGACAACGAGGUCGGCAGUGGUGCCACCAUCAAGGGAGUCCCCGGCCUCAUUGAAGCCUUAUUUCCCAACGAUGCCUUUCCUAUUGCCCCUAAGCCCGCGCUCGCCGCGAUGAACAAGAUAUCCACAUGGCACAAGGACGGUCAAUGGCAACAGAGACCUCCUCAGUGGCUUCAAGAGGGCUCGGAAGUGGCCGUCGCGGACUACAUGCAGCGCAUGUGCGAUGCCUAUGGAGAGCUACUGAAGGCGAAGAAAGUCAGCAAGACCAAGAUAAAGGCCAAGACGCGCGUAUGGACUGCUGCGUAUCGCAAUCAGACUCUCCCUGGGGGUUUCGUUCCUCGGAAACCCGACAUUGUCUCUGUCGACCCGGCCGUGAAGGAGCCUACCUGGGAAGAUGUUGGGUCCGACGUGCAGAUUAAGGUCAGCCCGGGAGAGCUGGAAGCCGUGACGAAGCAGCUUCGAGACGGCGGACUAAACGUCCUUGCUGCUCGGGAUGAUAGACGCUUCCACAUCGGGAUGGGGGUCGCUGGGACUGGAGUCUUUGUGCUGUUACAAGACCGUUCAGGAUGCUUGCGAUCGGAGGUCUUCGACUUGAACGCGAACCCGGUCUUAUUCCUUCGCAUCGUCCUCGGCUUGAUAUUCUUGUCCGAAGAGUACAUUGGAUGUGAUCCCGACUUCAAGACAACGCCCACAGGCGACCGCAUCAUCAAAAUCGGCCGCUCCUCGUAUCAGAUCCUGGAGCGAGUCGACAAGGAUGCCGGCAUCCGCGGUCCGGGAUCUGUCCGUUGGCGCUGUCAGCGUAUACAAGGGGACAAGAAGCUGGAGAUAGUUGAUGUGAAGAGCUCUUGGGUCGACCGAAGCCGCGAGCACACGGAAGACGUUUACCUCAAGCGCGCCAACGAGAGUAAAGUCCAAGGUGUUCCUACCGUUGUCGAGCUCGUAUACGUCAAGCACCGAGGACCUGGCCCGGCAGGUGCUCGCAAAGAUGAACAAGUCUCCACUGAAACCAUUCGCAAAAAAGUCCUCACCUCGAAGCAGCUCAAGAAGAUCCCAUACGAGAUCAGGGACCUCACCUACCUGAUUCAGAAGGAGUCGACUGAACCUCUGUCUUCCUUCCGGACGCUACCCGAACUCCUUUUUGGCUUAUUGGACUCCGUCAAAGCUCACAAAGCCCUCUGCGAGCUCGACGACGUGGGAAUCCUUCAUACCAAUAUCAAUGACAGAAGCGUCCGACUUAGCAGAAACUCUGAGUCUUCCCCAGAUUUCCGUCGGGGUGUACUCCAGGACUUCAAUGACGCUCGAUUUAUUCAGCGGUCUGAAGGCUCCGACUCAGAAGUGCGUACGGCUGCGACGGGUCUCAAAAGUUGCGUCCCGACGUACACGGCCUGCGAAAUUCUCAUGGGUGGCCGAUAUCUGGGGCCUGAACCUUACCAUGACUUGGAAUCGUUCUUCAACCUCCUGCUUUGCCAGUGCAUCUUCUACGAGGACGCUAAUGAGAAGCAUCGCGAUACCGACUUCCUGAAGAAAGUACCUAUCGUGGCCGGCUGGAUGAACUCCAAUAUGUAUCAGGCCGGUUCCAACAAAUGGGGCGUUCUGAGCCUCAAGCGACCAAAAGCGGACACCUUCGGAAACUUCAUCGACGAAGCGUUCGCCCCUUACUUCAACCCUCUCAAGCCAUGCAUAUGCGAACUUCGCAGACUUGUCAUGAAUCAAGACUCCGAGGCUACUCAUGACGAGUUUAUCGAGAUCUUACAGCGGCAUGCUGAGGAUAUCCUCUCACAGGAAGUCGAUCGCGUGGCGCCAGAGGGUGAUGGAGAUGACGAUGGUCAGGACGGUGAAGUUUCCAGCGACGGAGAUGACCCGGAGUUCCCGAGCGAUGAAAACGAGCAGGAAGCGGAGGAGCCACCCGCUUCGCCGAACAUGCUCGGCGCAGCUUUGAUCAACGAUAAUCUCAACGGUCAUGCCAGACCUUCCGGCGCAUCCGCUUCGGAGAAUCAGCCCACGGAGCAGCCCAAUUCAGAGCCUCCUGUAUGUUCACGCCCGGUCAUCGAUACGGCGACGGAUAGUUCGACCACAGCCGAUGAGCCUGCGGACCAAUCUGGCUCGGAAAUUGCCCCAAACCAACUCGCGACCGGCAAUGUGGCGACGAAUACUAUGACGGCCGCUCGAGGCAAGAAUUCCAGGGAAGAGUUUAUGAGAACGCAAAUUAUCAGGUGCAGCGAUCCCCAGUGCACCGUUGUCUAUUACCACCGCGGUUGCGCCAAAGGAUGGACUCCUUCGAGAGAAUCAGCCACAGAUUGGCACUGCGAGACGUGCAAAAAGCGCAGGAAGCAAUCUAAACCCGCCGAUGACCCCGUCAACAACCCCACCAAGGACCCCACCAAGGACCCCGCCCACGACCCCGCCAACGACCCUGCCGAUAACCCCGUCAACGACUCUACCAGCGACCUCAACAACUUCCUUGAUGAUUCGGCAGGUCAUCAAGAGCCUGAAGACCCACCACGCCUUCGACAUUGA